AAGCCUGUGUUAAGAAGUCUAGCUCAAGGCAGAUCAAAUCCACUUCAGCUUCACUCCCAUCAAGGAUCACAGCAGCCAGAAAAUGCUCUUCCAAAGAGUUUGCUUUCUUGUGUGCUUGUUUUGUAUGGCACAGAUGACAGCUCAGCAAAACACCAAACCCAAGAAAAAGGCAGACCCCAGGAGAGAUGUCGUAAGCCUCAAAAUGGUUGAGGAUCUCAAGGAGCAGUUAGAGAAUAUCUCCCAGGAGGUGGCUCUGCUAAAGGAAAAGCAAGCACUUCAAACAGUUUGUCUCAAAGGUACCAAGGUGAAUCUAAAAUGUUUCCUGGCUUUUUCGAAUGCUAAGACCUAUCACGUGGCCAGUGAAGACUGCAUCUCACAAGGCGGCACCCUUAGCACCCCACAGACGGGAGAUGAAAACGAUGCUCUCUAUGACUACGUGAGGAAGAGCCUGGGGCCCGAAACAGAGGUUUGGCUUGGCGUGAAUGACCUGGCAGCGGAAGGGAAAUGGGUGGACAUGACAAGCAACCCCAUUCGUUAUAAGAACUGGGAAACAGAGAUCACAACCCAACCGGAUGGUGGGAAGCUCGAGAACUGUGCUGCGUUGUCGGGGGUUGCUGUUGGCAAAUGGUUUGACAAGAGGUGCAGAGACCUGUUGCCUUAUGUCUGCCAGUUCAUGAUUGUUUAAUAGUGGGGCACCUGAUGUGGAAGAAAAGGCCAAGGCACAUUGUUUGACACUUGGGCUAGAGUUGUGUGUGCACAUGUACAUGCACAAAUUGACAGACAUAUCUACAAUAUACACACAUGCAAACACAUAUACACAAACACAUACUCUUGGCUUAGUAAUGGAUUAGAAUAAAUUAUAUCUAAUUGGCUGAAAAUAUCAAAACCAUAGGCAACAUGUUUCUUACUAAGGCUUAAGUUAUAGACAGAGAUAUAUUUUUACACUCAAAAUGUAUUAGGAUGGCUUCAGCAUGUGAGCAAAAUUUGAACUUUGCAAAAACAAAAAAACCAGUAAAGUACUUAAGAUGCAUUAGUUUGUUAUUGCAUGCAACAUUUCUACAUUCCUCUUUUUCUUCCAGAUGAUUGCACCAAAGUAAAUCAUAUUUUGUUCAAUUGUUCUGGUUAUCAUCUCCUUGACUGAAAAGCUGAAAGCACAUUUAUCACAGCCUGCUGCUAUUGUUUAAUGUUUUGCAUUCCUAAAUUGCCAGCCCAAAUGAGUCCUUUGAAAUGGGAGGGUUUAAAAGUUUCCUCUGCCUCAGCUAUGGUAUUAUUAUACGUAGAAUGCCAAUUAAAAGGAGAUGAGAGAAAGAAGGCUUUAAAAAAACCUUUCACUCUAAAGAAGAGGGCUGAGGGAGAUUAGCAUAUUUUGAUGAAAGGGGUCACUAUUAUCGCGAUGCCAGGGCUCUGCCAAUAUUUAGGCAGAGAUGAAUCAAACUCCCAGUUUGUGUUAAACAAUUUAAUUAAAACAGCACUUACUUUCUGGCUGUUUUAAUAGUCCAGAAUAUAAAACAUAAAGAUUGCACCCAGCCACAGAAUAUAAAACAAAAACAGCAAAUACUGUUGCAGGUUCAAGAUGACUCCAUAGUCAAAUGGUCCAGACCAGUGGUCAAACGAUGAGAGUUCAAUAAGCAAAGUCCAGGGAUCAAGAGUCUAUACCGUAGUCAAAAGCCAGUCCAAAGAUUCAAGGUUCCAGGAUUCCAAAGAUUCAGGAGAUAGGUCAGGACACCGAAAAUCCACAAACCUGGGGGAAAACCAGCAGCAUCUACCAUCAAAAUAAGAUAAAUACUUUUCUCCCAAAGAACAGUCCCAAGGCUAGCUCAUUAUAUCCAGAAACACCCAGCUGCAACCUAUCUCUUGCAUACCUCCACCCUUAAUUACUUUCACCCAUGAACUCUUACUUACAGAUUACUCAACCCUUUAGAACUAAGACUUACAUUAACCCUUCCAUCACCAGUUGCUAGUCCCACCACCACCAACCAUCAUCAACUACAGAACAUAAUACAUGACAACUAUAUCUUCCAGAUGAAAAUAUGAUCAGAAUUUUGAGAAAAGAUAACAAAAAGAUGAAUGAAGCAUGGGUAGGACUAAUCAAUAGGAAGAAGUAAACACAACAUUGUUCCAUGUGGGAUAAAUAGAGGAUGCUGGGAGGUUACUUUGUACAAGGUAGCCGGGGUGGUAAUUUCUAUGCAUCUCUAACACUGAAACAAUAACACUGUUCAUGAAGUACUCUCUGCCACAGCAAAAGUGGAUCACUCAUCUUCAUUCUAUAUUGGGUCUUUGCAAUAGGAUUUGUUUCUUUGCACACCUCAUCACUUGCAUUCACAGAGUCCCAGCUGACUGAAAGUAAUGCAAUAGGUUUCUAUCUUAAACGAAUUGAGAAAAUAAUGAGUGUUGUAGCUCCUGUUUUUGUAACAGAUCACUGAACUGUAGCAGAUCUUCUGCUGAAGUCUAUGAAAGAGAUGCCUUAGUUGGCUACUUUGCAAUAAAACAUAAGAUAAAAAUACAUUUCAGAUAUGCGUAGCUGGUGGUAUAUAGUAGAGUCAUCUAUAAGUGCUUACGUUUGAGAUUGUCAUUGCCACUUUCUGCUGAGAUAACCAGCAAAUCAAUAAAUAAGACUUGUUAUAAA